GAUAUAAAUUCUGUCCAGGUGCAAGAUCAGCCUCACUGCCAACAUGAAGGUCCUCCUGCUUUUUGGAUUGGUGGCUGUUGCCCUGGCUGGCACCACUCGCUUUGAGGGCGAGAAAGUCUUCCGUCUGAAGCCUGUGCUUGAUGAGCAUGUGACCCUCAUUAAGGAACUGGCUAAGGACAUCGAGGUCGACUUCUGGAGACCCGAGAGCCCUGAGCUGGUGACUAUUGACAUUGAUGUGGACAUUCGCGUGCCUGCCAUGUACCUCGAUAUGGUGUACACCAUCCUGCAGCAGAAUGACAUGGAGCAUGUGAUCCUUAUUGAUGAUCUGCAGACUGCUGUUGAAGCCCAGGCCCAGGGGCCCACUCCCAGAGCCCACAGCUAUACCAAGUACAAUAGCUGGGACAAGAUCCAGUCCUGGAUCUCCUCUAUUGCCUCCUCCAACAAUGGCCUGAUCAGUAAGCAGGUCAUUGGAAACACCUACGAGGGACGCCCCAUGACUGUCCUCAAGCUUGGUAGGAGGUCCAGCUCCACAAAGCCCGCCAUCUUCAUGGACUGUGGUAUCCACGCCAGAGAGUGGAUCUCUCCUGCUUUCUGCCAGUGGUUUGUUAAGGAGGCUCUGUCUACCUAUGGCCAGGACUCUCAGAUGACCAGCCUGCUCAACGAGAUGGAUGUUUUUGUCCUGCCUGUCUUUAACAUUGAUGGCUACGACUACACCCACAAGAGCAACAGGAUGUGGAGGAAAACUCGCUCCAGGAAAUCUGGUUCCAGCUGCAUUGGAACUGAUCCCAACAGGAACUUCAACGCUGGCUGGUGCACCACUGGAGCCUCCAGCAACCCCUGCAGCGACACCUUCUGUGGAUACAGUCCUGAGUCUGAGAUCGAGGUCAAGAAUGUUGCUAACUUCAUCCGUAGGAACAAGUCCAUCAUCAAGGCCUACAUCACCGUCCACUCCUACUCUCAGCUGCUGCUCUUCCCCUACUCCUACACCUUUGAGCUGGCCGCAACCCACAGUGAGCUGCUGAAGGUUGCUGAGGGAGCUUCUGCUGCUCUGCGUAGUCUGUAUGGCACCCGCUACACCAGCGGACCUGGUGCUGCAACCAUCUACCCCGCUGCUGGAGGCUCUGACGACUGGGCCUACGACCUGGGAGUGAAAUAUUCCUACACCUUCGAGUUGCGUGACACUGGUCGUUAUGGCUUCCUGCUGCCUGAGUCUCAGAUCAAGCCCACAUGUGAGGAGACCAUGCUGGCCGUCAAGUACAUCGCCGCCUAUGUGCAGAAGAACCUCUAUUAACGAGCGGAACUGCCAGGACCCCUGCCAACUCAGCUCCUCUGUACCAGCCCCCAGCCCCUCCAACCUCUCAGCCAUCUCCAGUCCGUAUCCAUGGAUACGGACACCACCCGCCAUGUUUCCUCGCUGUGCUUGACAGAAUGUCAAGAUGAGUGCAAACAAUAAAAUCAAUGAUCCAUCCCCA